GAAACCAGUGUUGCUGUAGUAACGGGCAAGAGAGACGCUUUCUGCUAAUUCUGUUGCUAAAUACUCCGUUUUAACGUGACUGUGAACGCUGCAUGUAUGAUAUGGAGUAUUAAUGUAUUAUAACUGCGGCUACGUGAAUAACUGAAAACUAAACUAACUGCAAUCAACCUGAAUGACCCUUUUGGCUUUUUUUUGGACAUGUCAGUGAUAAACAGCCUCGUCCCAGCUCGGUUUCUCAUCCUCACCGCUCACCUUGUGAUGGUCAUCACUAUCUUCUGGUCCCGGGGAAACAAUGUUAAAUCAUGCUUACCGCUGGACUUCACAGAGGAGCAGUACACAACUGAGGACAACCGGAUGAUUAUCGCUCUCUCAGUAACUCUGUGUCUAUUUGCCAUUGAAUUGUUUGGAUUCUUCUCCGGUGUCUCGAUGUUCAACAGUAACCAAGGAGUGCUGUCUAUGGCGUGUCACUGCAGCGCAUCAGUCUCUCUGUCUUUCUUCGUCACUCAACAAUGGGAAUGUUGGGUUUACUGGAUAAUCUUCGCAUUCUGCAGUGUCAUUCCUGCCGUCUGUGAGCUGGUGCUGAUCGCCGCUGUGUUCGGACUGAAGAAGAAGGCGAUAUGAGGGUUUAAAUCCUGGGUCCUGUGCCUCUGUAUGAUGUCCUUUUUAGUACAAAAGAUCUACUGUAAUUUUUUUAACUGUAACUCUGUAAUGAGUGAUCAGCAGCAUCAGCAUUGGUGGAUCCUUCAGAUCAGAUGGUUUGACUUCUCAUGUGACAUAUUUGAACAUGAAACAUGCAAAGCUGGUGGGACUACCUUUUCAUCAUGUACCAAAUUAUUUUGGGAUUAUUUUAAUUAGAGCAAUACCAGCAGAGAGCCUUGGAUCACAUGUGAAUGGAUGCUUAAAAACAGUUCUUGUUAAUACUUUUCCAGUUUCCUUAGACAUGUAUAAUGCUGAGAAUUUUAAUGUAUCAUGUAUAAUGCUGAAUUUGACUUCUGAAGUGGAAGGUUGGAAGUCAGAGCCGCGAUUGAUGGAUUUUCAACCUCCAUGCUCUUGAGGUGUGACCAUGGACAUCUCCAUCUUUAUCUUUGGUUAGCAACAAACUAGCCAGCUAACUGUGCUGAGUGAUAAAUAUUUCCUUCUUCGAAACAGCAAACAGUAAAUGAUGCAUAGUAAAUACUGUAGAUUUUUACAAAUGAAUAAGUCUGUAUAUGUCUGCAGAUAGAUCUAAAGCAAAUACUGUAUAUACAUGUGUACAUGAACCAUGCUGACUAUCCCGAGUUUGUUUUAUUUUGUUUUUAUUUUUCACCAAUAUAUGGAAUGUUCUUGUACGUUAGAAAGCAGUUUGCAUUAACAUUUUUAAUUGCUUACAGUAUUUCUACAUGUUCAAUAAAGAUGACCAUGCACUAUUA